AUCACGAUAACUAACAGAUCACACGUUCAAGAGCUUUAUGAGGAGUAUAAGGAUACUCAGAAGACUGAGGGAAUUUACCAAGAGCUUACUGACAUAUUCAGCCUUAAGUGUGGAUGACGUCGAUGUUAAUCGAUAACCCCCACCUGUUUGCCUGCUUUCUUCUGCGUCUCGAACGCCAUGUCUACCAUGUGGCAAGCUGCCAUGUGGAUUUUCGGUUUCAUAUGACCGUAAUUCCCGUUUGGAGUGACGUCUCUUGGAAAGGGUGAAUGGUCUGAAUUAGUAAUUGGCUCAGGAACUAGAUACCGAUUACCCCUCUAUGCAUAGAUUUAUUGCAAUUUCCUGAACAAUUUGGCUACUCUCUAAUCCUACUCUUUCUUCUUGAUUAUCGCUCCUCUUCUCUUCAGAAAUUACACUGAAUCUCCUCUCUUUCCGUCGAUAAUUUGUCCUACAAUUAAUCAGCAUGCCGGGAGAAGAACUUGACAGAGCCAACCCACAGCCUUUGGCUUCUCAUAUCCCCGAAUCCGUACUGGAUCUGUCGGUUAAGCUAGAUAAGCUCGAUAUUAACGAUGCUGAUCUCAAAGCACUCGAUGAGUUUCGCAGAGCGAGCAAUUACAUUGCAGCUGGUGAGUUAUGACACCACUCCCCAUCUAGGACAAUUGUUUGCUAAAGUACAUAGCUAUGAUAUUCCUGAGCGAUAAUGCUCUGGUAGAAAGAGAUCUCCAAUUCGACGAUAUUAAACCUCGGUUUCUCAUCUUCUUUUUCCUUUUCUGUCUCUCCAUUAGCUAAUAAAUGUAGAUUACUAGGUCAUUGGGGAACAUGUCCCGGUCUCACGCUUGUAUAUGCACACCUUAACUACCUUACUCGCAAAAACAACCUCAACACCAUAUAUGUCGUUGGACCAGGCCAUGGAGCACCAGCUAUCCUAGCUUCCCUUUGGUUAGAGGGAAGCCUCGAACGAUUCUACCCUCAAUACUCUCGAAAUAAGCAAGGUCUACAUAACCUCAUAACUGGGUUCAGCACACCUAAAGGCUUUCCCAGUCAUAUCAAUGCCGAAACUCCAGGCUCUAUACACGAAGGCGGCGAGUUGGGUUAUGCGCUUUCCGUAUCUUUUGGUGCUGUAAUGGAUAAGCCGGAUCUGAUUGUCGGUUGUAUUGUAGGAGAUGGAGAGGCGGAGAGUGGACCUACUGCUACUGCCUGGCAUGCUGCCAAAUACAUCGAUCCUGCGGAAUCUGGAGCUGUUAUUCCGAUUGUUCAUGUAAAUGGAUUCAAGAUUUCGGAGAGAACGAUUUAUGGAUGUAUGGAUAAUAAGGAGCUGGUUUCUUUAUUUACUGGUUAUGGAUAUCAGUGCAGGUUCGUGGAGGAUCUUGAGGAUAUCGCAAGUUAAGAAAUUGAACUCGAAAGGAAAUGGUGGCUAAUAUUUAGUAGGAUCGUGAUCUUGCGACCAGCUUUCAAUGGGCGCUUGAUGAGAUCCAUAAAAUACAAAAGGCUGCCAGAUCUGGAAAGCCUAUCAUGAAACCUCGCUGGCCAUUUAUCAUUAUGAGGACCCCAAAAGGCUGGAGUGGACCAAAGAAAGUAGAUGGAGAAUUUGUUGAGGGCUCUUUCCACUCUCAUCAAGUCCCUCUCAUGGCUGCAAAGACUAGCGAUAGUCAACUUGCAGAUCUUCAGAAGUGGCUUCUUUCCUACAAUCCGAAGGAAUUGUUUACUGAAGAUGGCGCCCCCACCGAUUCAAUCAAUAGUGUCAUUCCCGUGGACAACGAAAAGAAACUCGGACAAGUUGCAGAGACUUAUAAGAAUCACGAGCCAUUGAAGGUCCCAGACUGGAAGAAAUUUGGCGUGGAUAGAGGAAGUGAAGAAUCGUGUAUGAAAGCAAUCGCCAACCUCAUCGACCAAACUCUAGUCGACAACCCUAAGUCACUUCGUAUCUUCUCUCCAGAUGAGUUGGUGUCGAACAAGCUAGAUGCGGUUUUGAACCACACUGGUCGAGAUUUCCAAUGGGAUGAAUUCUCAAACGCACGAGGUGGACGGGUUAUUGAGAUCCUCUCCGAGCAUACCUGUCAAGGAUUUCUUCAAGGUUAUACACUUACUGGACGUACCGGUAUCUUCCCUACGUAUGAGAGUUUCUUGGGAAUCAUCCAUACUAUGAUGGUGCAAUACUGCAAAUUCAAUAAGAUGGCAAGAGAGACGACUUGGAGAACGGACUUAAGCAGUAUCAACUAUUUGGAGACCAGUACUUGGACACGACAAGAGCACAAUGGUUUUUCGCAUCAGAACCCUUCUUUCAUUGGAGCAGUGUUGAACUUGAAGCCGAGUGCUGCGAGGGUUUAUCUACCUCCUGAUGCAGUAAGUCUAAUCGUGUCUGACGUGUGAAAACCCACGAUGAGCUAACAAAUAUCCACAGAACACCUUCCUCUCAACUAUCUCCCACUGUCUUCAAUCCAAAAACUACGUCAACCUAAUGGUCGGCUCUAAACAACCCCAACCCGUCUUCCUCUCCGUCGACGAAGCAGAAAAACACUGCCAAGCCGGCGCCUCCAUCUGGAAAUUCGCAUCCACCGACUCAGGUCUCUCACCCGACGUCGUCCUCGUAGGCAUCGGCUCAGAACUCACCUUCGAAGUCGUAGCCGCUGCCUCCAUCUUACGUAAAAGGUGUCCCGCCCUCCGCGUACGAGUGAUCAACGUAACGGACCUCAUGAUCCUGGAGUCUGCAACGCAACAUCCUCAUGCGCUUAGUACUGAGGCCUUCUCGGCGCUGUUUACGGCUGAUAAACCGAUUAUCUUUAAUUACCAUGGGUAUGCUAAUGAGUUGCGUGGUUUGCUGUUUGGACGGCCGAAUUUGGAGAGGGUGAGUGUGGGGUGUUAUAAGGAGGAGGGGAGUACGACUACGCCGUUUGAUAUGUUGCUUCGUAAUGGGGUUAGUCGGUAUGAUGUUAUGGAGAAGGCGUUGGAAGAGGGGGCGAAGGGGAAUGAAAAUAUGGCUGUUGUGGUUACUACGUUGCUGGGGGAGGUUAGAGGCGAGGUGUCGAGGGUGAAGAAGUUCGUUUUGGAGAAGGGUGUUGAUCCUGAGGGCACUUUUGAUGUACCUACUUUUGCGGGUACGGUGUUUGAGAAGGAUGAGGGGAAGGAUGGAGAGAAGAAGGGAAGUAAGGAAGAUGGGUUUUAUGUGAAUUGAAGAUGGAAGUUUGCUAGGAAGUUGGGCCGUUUGGAAAGAAGGUGUACGUUAUAUUGAAGUGAAAUGAACAAGAUAACUCAACGAUAAUUGACUGAAUAUCAAACAAACUCUUCAUCCACUCUCUUUCAAGGAAUGGUCCCUAUUCUCUAUCUCGCUUCCUUUCACUUCCCCCUUUAUUUCAGCCCCCACAAAUACAACCACAUCCCACCAAGUCAUACCAACAGUCCCAAAAGCCAAACCUUCGGUAUCGCUAUCAGAAGGAGCCGCAUCUUCAUUCCAAAAUGUGAGGCAUCUCUUGGGGGGUGUAUCAAACAAAGACACCAUCUGAAACUCCACCUCUGGAAUAUCUUCUCUGCUACUAGC